CACCCGCUUCAUUCACCAUCCGCCCGACCCAACCCGAGACUAAAUGUGGGUGGGUGGUGGGUUAAAAAUUAUCAAUCCGUUGAAGCGCAGGUCGGUGCGUUUUAUGGUAAAAAAUCCGCCCGACCCACCCAAUGCUCACUCCUACCUAGAGGUGGCAAUUUUCAAUCCAAUCCACCGAUCCAAUCCACCAACCCAUUAAAAAUAUCCACAUAAUCCAAUCCAUUUAAAUCCAAUCAAUUUGAUCCAAAUCCAAUCAAUUUGAUCCAAAUCCAAUUGGAUUGGUGGAUUCAUGGAUUGAUCCAUGGAUCCAAAUGAAAAAUUACGGUUUGAUACCUAUAUUUUUUAUAUUUUAUAUUUUGGUACCCAAAAUUUAAUUUUUUAUACGAAAAAUAUCAUUGGAAAAUUACGUUUUGGUACCUAAAAUUUUUCAUUAUGACAUUUUAGUACCUAAACUUUUCACAUUUUACAUAUUGGUCCACCAAUCCACUUGAUCCAAUCCAUGAAUCCACUAAUCCUUUGGAUCCAAUCCAUUUGAUCCAUGAAUCCACCAAUCCAUGGAUCAAUCCAUUUGCCACCUCUACUCCUACCACACACUAUUAUAAAUUGUCCAACUUGAACCUGACUUACCAUAGAACGAGUAUUGAAAUCGAGAUACCCGCCUUCAACCUGUCCAUUGUCAUUCCAAUUGCAAUCCGAUAGUGAUUCAGAUUGACUGGGCUGGGCCUAACCAAGCCAGACGGGCUGGGCUGGGCCGUAACAGAGCCAGGAUCUCGGCCCAUUCGCUGUAAUUCAGAUUUCAGAUGGACUCUCCUCUCCGAAAGUUACGGAGCGUUUUGCCGCUUUCGUUCUCCCCAUUUCCCACGCAUACACUGCUUUCUGCUUAGACUAGAGUAGAGCAGAGCACUGUAACUCUGUAACAGUAAUAGCCAGCAAAACCCACACGAAGCGAGAGCUGCAACUACAAGACAAAAUAAGGAAACAUACCACCACCAGAGCCAGGCGUUCACGUUUUUCAUUCGUCGUCCUUCUUUCUUCUUCCUCAACUCCGCCUGAUCCUGCUCCUCUCCGCCAUUGCUGGUUGCUGCUCCGCAUUUCCCUGGUAACGACAUCUCAGCUCUGCUCUCUCGUGCCUUCUUUUGCGUGUGUGUUUCUCUCGCUCGGCGAACUCGGCUGUUUGUUUCCCGAGAAAAACAAUCGACGUCCGUACCGCAAGAAACGCGAGCGAGUGUUCUUGAACUUCAUGUACGGACGGUUGUUCUUCGCGUCUGGUACUCUCGGAAUGCAGAUAUUUUUGCUCUGCUUCGCUUAUUGAAUGUGCUCCGGAGUAACUUUCAAUGGCAGCUUGCUCAAGUUUCCGCGAGUCCGUUGCCGUACCGCUGGAUACGGCGAGAAAUUGCGUAGAAUACUGUCCUCAUUCCCAAUUUUGCUGAUCUUGUUUCUGCGAAUCUUGAUGUUUCUUCUUUUUAGAGCCUACGAUGAGACUAGUGCGUGCUUUAAGAUGUCCAUUGGCGACGGUCAUCUUUGAGUAGCUAGCUUUCUUUCUGUCUCUCUUUUAUCUUUCUAUAUAUUACUGUUUGCUCCUUGCAACUGUUUUGCUGUUUGUUUAGUCUGUCACACCAGUUACUUCUGCUGCAGAGAAGUUGUUCGUGAGUGAAGAUGUCUAGGGUUUCAGGGCUUCAGUUGUUGGGGAUGCUGUGGCUCUUCUCUUGGAUGGUGGUCACAGAGGCAGACUCGCCGAUAUACAAAGAUCCGAGGCAGCCAGUGGCGGUUCGGAUUAAGGACCUAAUGAGUCGAAUGAAGCUGGAGGAAAAGAUUGGCCAGAUGGCUCAACUUGACAGAUUAUCAGCCACCCCGGAGAUAAUGCGGACCUACUCCAUUGGUAGCGUAUUGAGUGGUGGAGGGAGUACACCACUACCUGAUGCUACAGCUAAGGAUUGGAUUGAUAUGAUAAAUGGAUUUCAGAAAGGAUCUAUGUCCAGUCGUUUAGGAAUUCCUAUGAUCUAUGGUAUUGAUGCCGUCCAUGGACACAACAACGUGUACAAUGCCACAAUAUUCCCUCACAAUGUAGGGCUUGGAGCCACCAGGGACCCAGACUUGGUGAAGAGAAUUGGUGCUGCAACUGCUCUUGAGGCUAGAGCCACAGGGAUUCCUUACGUGUUCGCACCUUGCAUAGCGGUUUGCAGAGACCCAAGAUGGGGUCGCUGUUAUGAGAGCUACAGCGAGGAUCCCAAAGUUGUGAGAGAAAUGACUGAAAUCAUACCUGGGUUACAAGGAGACAUUCCUUCUAAUUCUCGAAGAGGAGUUCCUUAUGUCAUUCCAAAGAACAAAGUUGCAGCUUGCGCUAAGCAUUUUGUAGGAGAUGGUGGAACAACCAAGGGCGCCAAUGAAAACAAUACGGCAAUAGACAGGCAUGGAUUAUUGAGCAUUCACAUGCCUGCCUAUGUUGAUUCUGUGAUCAAGGGCGUUUCGACAGUCAUGGUAUCUUACUCCAGCUGGAAUGGGGAAAGGAUGCAUGCUAACAGAGAGCUAAUAAUGGGCUUCCUCAAGGGUACCCUUAAGUUUAAGGGGUUUGUUAUCUCAGAUUGGCAAGGUAUAGACAAGCUUACCUCAACCCCACAUGCAAACUACACGUACUCUGUGCAAGCAGGGAUUCUAGCUGGCAUUGAUAUGGUCAUGGUUCCCUACAACCAUACAGAGUUCAUUGAUGAUCUUACUCUCCUAGUAAAGAAAAAUGUCAUUCCAAUGGAUCGCAUUGACGAUGCUGUUGAAAGGAUUCUGCUGGUGAAGUUCAAUCUGGGUCUGUUUGAAAACCCUAUGGCUGACCUGAGCUUUGCCAAUGAACUUGGAAGUCAGGGACACCGAGACUUGGCGAGGGAAGCAGUGAGAAAAUCACUUGUGCUGUUGAAGAAUGGUAAAAAUGAGAGUGAACCUUUGUUACCCCUUCCCAAGAAGGCUUCAAAAAUUUUAGUUGCUGGUACCCAUGCCGAUAAUUUGGGUUAUCAAUGUGGUGGAUGGACGAUUAAUUGGCAGGGAUUCAGUGGGAACAAUGAUACUAGAGGAACCACGAUCCUUGCUGCCAUCAGGGCCACGGUUGAUCCAACAACAGAUGUUGUCUUCCAAGAGGACCCCAGCAAGCAAUUUGUGGAGGAGAACAACUUCAGUUACGCAAUUGUAGUCGUUGGUGAGCCACCGUAUGCUGAGACUGCAGGAGACAGCACUGAUCUGACGAUGAAGUUCCCAGGUCCAAGUAUCAUCAGCAAUGUAUGUGGCGGAUCUGUCAAGUGUGUGGUUGUGGUGAUAUCAGGGAGACCCAUUGUGCUUGAGCCGUACUUGGACUCAGUCGACGCUCUGGUGGCAGCUUGGUUACCUGGCAGCGAAGGGCAAGGAGUGGCCGAUGUCCUGUUUGGGGACUUUGGAUUCAUUGGGAAGCUUCCGAGGACAUGGUUCAAGAGUGUGGAUCAACUGCCAAUGAACAAUGGCGAUGCACAUUAUGAUCCACUCUUCCCCUUCGACUUUGGGCUCAAGACAGGGGCCUCCAAUGGCUCCGUUGAAAGGUCGACAUCAGAUGGUGCUGUUCCUCGGCCAUGCGCACUUGCUCUUCUGGUUUCUGCGGUUGUCUGUUUCUGGGUAUCGAAUGUUGAGUCAUCCUUGGGCUUCAGAUGAAGGGAGAUGAAGACAGUACAAGUAUUGAAGUUGUUUUGAGUGAGAGUCAAGGAAGCUCGGUGGAUGGGCGGGACUUUUUUGAAGGAGCAGGACAGUUGAGAAUAGUGCACCGUAGGAUAAGUCG